AAUAUAGCAAUAGCUAUAAUAGUGGCAAUGGUGGCACGAGCUCAAUCGCUUACUUGUUGGAAAUGUAUGGACUUAAAUUUGGAAUCAGGGGUUAAAAAUGCCUGUAGCAAAUACAGCGUUCAACAGUGUCCGGUCGAGAAAGACGUGUGCGCAUCUCUUGAAACGACCUUCUAUGAGGGUGACAGGUUCAGCUAUAUGAAAAGUUAUAAAUGUUUGACGAAGGCAGAUGUGUCAUCAGUAUUGGAUAAAUGUAGGGGAUUAAAAUCUGAAUUUGAAAAUGCUUUUGACGAUUUAAAGGAUUAUGCCUGUGCAAUUGAAACAUGCAACUAUGGCUUGUGUAACGGACUUAUCGUACCAGAAAAGCCUUGGUGGAAAACGGAGCCUACGGAAGCUCCGGACCCUAAAAAUUGUAUAAGUAUUGAAAAUGAUGGAUCAGAGUACAGGGGAAAGGUAGCUGUCACAAAAUCAGGACGCAAAUGCCAGAGAUGGGACUCUCAAUCACCUAACACACAGAAUUUUGGAUCCAAGCAGGAAUACACUAGAUUAGGACUGCAAGAGAACUAUUGCAGAAAUCCAGACGGUGGCUCAGGCCCCUGGUGUUAUAAUGGAGAGGGAACUGUGCCUCGAUGGGAGUACUGUGAUACAUGUGGUAAUUAACUGUGGUGACUUUUUUGCACAAGGUCAUCAGUAAGCCAGUCAACUAAAAAGGAGCUGAUGUACAAGAAGUUCAAACGAAAAGGAUUAUAUAAUUUAAAUUUAGUGACUGAAAGCAACUGGACUGUUUAAGUUUUUUUUGAACUUCAUUGUUUUCAUAUUAUAAAGUCUUUAUGCAUAUAAUUUUUUGGAGCAUCAAACGUCUUUAAAUCAGGAUAUACGCAUAUUAUUAUUGUAUAUGUUUACUAGUAUGUUAUUUAAUAACGGGAGAUACUCGUAAAAUAUGUAUUUCAAAUAUUCAAGAACGUCGACGAUUUCAACUCGGCGCGUUUUGGUAAUAGUAUAUUAUAAACCUACAAGUACAAUAUGUUAUACUACCUUAUG